AUGGCUUUGAGACCAUUGUGUGGAGAUCUACCGCUAUUUUUGCAAAGUUAUCUACCAAAUGCCGUCGAAAAGGGAAAUGCCAUUCAGCCUUUCAUCACUUUAACUUAUGCUCAAUCGCUAGAUGCAAGAAUAUCUAGAGGUCCUGGAAUAAAAACCGUUAUUUCUCACCCUGAAACGAAGACGAUGACACAUUAUUUGCGACAUCAUCACGACGGAAUACUCAUAGGAAGUGGAACAGCGCUAGUUGACGAUCCUGGAUUGAAUUGCAAAUGGGGCCCCAAUUCUUUUGCAAAUUCUCCUAGGCCAAUCAUUCUGGACACAAAACAAAAGUGGAGAUUCAAUGGUUCAAAAAUACAAGAACUUUUUAACAAGCGACAAGGUAAACCGCCAAUCGUUGUAGUUACAAGUGAUCCCCUUAUAAAAGAAGAACAUGUAGAGUACGCAAUAUGUCCAAUAGAUGAAGCUACAGAACGGAUCGAUUGGAAGAAAUUGUUUGAAAUACUCAAAGAGGACUUCAAUAUAAGCUCAGUAAUGGUUGAAGGAGGAGCUAACGUAAUAAAUCAAUUGUUGCUAAGAGGUGAUAUCAUCAACAGUCUCAUAAUAACUAUUGGGUCAACGUUUCUGGGAAAUUCGGGCACUGAGGUAAGUCCGCCACAAACAGUCAAUUUAAAGGACAUGACAUGGUGGAAAGGUACUACUGAUGUAGUGCUUUGCGCAAGACUGGCUGACGACUAA